CCUCCAGUAGCUGCUGUCACAUUAGGGUCAGGCCUAGCAGAGGCUCCUCAGCCUGGCCCUUCAUGGUCUAAAUUUAAAUCCGUCCCAGCCUUAAAAGGUCCUGACGGUGUCUUGUGCAUUCUGCCGAGUGGCAGCAUUAUUUUUGUUCUGUGGACUGCCCUGCUGUCCGCUGCCCCUCACCCUGCUGCUUUGCCUGGAUCUGGACUUGCUUGAGCUACUUUUGGAUAAUUCAUCCUUUCUUUGAUUUUCAGGAAGUGUGGAUUUGGGAAUUCUAGCUGUGGUGAGUCACACAAAUCUUUAAUUUCUUACUCUAAUUCCUGUCUUAUUCUGUAUACUCCUCAUCUUAUUCAUUCUUAGAUUUUCCUUCUCAUAAUAUCCAUUUUAAACUCUUUUUUAAAAUGUUUCAAAUUAUGUUUGAAUACAGAAAUUCCUACUGUGCCUUAAAGCCUACUAACAAGGUGUGUCCUUGUAGAUUAGUCUGCAUGUUUCAUUGUAGUGAAAUCACCCUGAAAUUAGACCUAAUCUGUGUGUUUGACAUAAGCUUUACACAAAACAAGAUGUUUAUAUGACUCAGAUCUCCUCUUUGUGCACUCAGUGCCUCUAUAGCCUUCAUAACACUCCUGUUUAUAGUUUGUGAGUCAUUACAAACACAAAGGUACUCAGUAUACCGGCUGAUGUGGGUGCUGCUCAAGGUUUUAACUAUCAGAAAAGACAUUUCUAAGACUAUAGGCAUCACAGGCAGAUCUUGUUAUAAUCUUUUUGAUUUGUUGUCACAUGACGGGGGCUGUACUUUGUAUCAGCUGGUAAAAUGUCAAGCUUUUCAAGGUAAACUGAUCAGUUGGUUGAUCCACAGAAAGCCCUGAUAAAUUUUGUCUGGGUUAUUUCCUAAAAUGAAGCUUUUAAAGUUAGCUUGUUUCAGCUUUUUCAAUGUAAAUAUGAGUUUAUUUCCCAAGAAAAUGGAGUGUCUUAUAGUGAUACUUAUAGAUGAACUGUUUAAAAGUUUGUGUAGGCCUACGUUGGUUUUAGGACGUUAAAAUGAGCUUUCUUUUUACUUUAUGAGUUUCCAAAAAUAUCAACAGAAAAUCACUAUCAGAUGCAUCCAUGUCACCAGUAGGAGUGAUUUCUUCUAUAGUUGUAUUUACAAUACUUUUUGCCUAGAGAUAAUUCAGAGGGUCCCAGAAGCAUCCCCUCACAGCCUACGUUUGGAUUUCCAUUUCAUCACAUUUAAACAUUUUAUUUACACAUUUUGAAGGUCGUUGAUUUUAUACUGUAAAUAAAUUCCUUGAACCCGGGUUCUUCUAUCAUCGGUGAAGACAAAAACCAAAGUUUGAAGGAAGAUAAAUAAAUGCUGCUACAGUUGAUUUAUGACCUGCUGCUCCUUAUGUAACAGUAGAAUUAGAUCUUAACCAGAGCUAACACUUGGACUACCUUAGUAAUUUAAAAUCCUGAUGCCAUCUUAACAGCUUUAACAUUUCCUGGUUGCCUAAACCAUCAUCUCUAAUAGCUAAUCUCCAUCUCCUGCCCUAAACUAACCCAACAAGGUUAGUAAAUUAAAAUUCCCCACUGUGGGAUGAAUAAAGAUUUAUCUUAUCAAUCUGCAAUGAUAACAUUGAGAUUAAUUUUCAGAGCUGGUUAAGUAAAGGGAAGUCUGAUUUCAUAAGUUGGCGGAGUGGCCUUCAGGAUGUCAGAGUCAAUACAAGUGAUGCGGAAGCAGCAGAAGCAGCACCAGGUGCAACAGGUGCAGCAGGUGCAACAGGUGCAGCAGUUGCAACAGGUGCAACAGGUGCAGCAGGUGCAGAAGGUGCAGCUGCUGCAGCACCAUCACCAUCAACGACAAGAACAUCAGCAGCAACAGAUACAGCUGCUGCAGCAGCAUCGCUAUCAACGACAGGAACAACAUCAGCAGAAGCAUCACUUUGAGAGCAGCAGUUACCUGAGCUCCAAGUCUGCUGUUAACAAGCAGUCGUUCUCCUCUUACAAGACUUCCAGCCGUCGGUAAGAGUUUGGCAGUGAUGCAUAACUUGGGAUGUUUUCACAUCAGUAGUUUCUUUCUGCAUAACCUGCCUCUUCUGUCGCCUCUGAAGUGCAUUCAAGCUGAUCCAGCUGAAAUAUUCAGCACAGUGCUGUGAGCCUGGUGUGAAGUGUGUCAGCAGCCAGCCACAAUGUAUUGAUAACACAAAUGCUGUUUCUACGCUGAGACAUGUUCAUCUUUUUUUACUGACGUUAAGGGUUCUGUAUUUGAAAGAAAAUGCAAGUAGGUGUCAGGGCCAAGUCCAAGCCAAGUCCUAAAGCUUUGAAUGGAAAGUAUAAUCACAGACUAUUUUACAAGUCUCUUAGGUCUUAAUGAGCUGCGAGGCAGUGUUAGACCUGUGCAUUGUUUUCUUCUUAGGAUAUUAACAGGAUAAAUCUAAUCUAGGAGGAUGGGAUGCAGUUGUUAAUGUCAAUAUGAAAACUUUUUAUGUGUAGACCAAGUUUUGAGAUUGUGAUUUCUUAAAAGGACAGGCCUUUGCUUAUGUUUUGGACAGAUCUUUUGUUGUAUGGUAACAUUUUUGAGUCCAAAGCAUGUUUGAGUGUAGGUAAUAAUAGAUAGUAGGUAUACAAAUACAACGUGAGUCAAAAAUCUGGCAAACUGAUUGCAAGCUGUUUAGAAAUAUUUAUCGGCAACAAUUUGAUAAUAAACGAAUCCAUUUUUUAGGCAAAUAGUCGUUUUCUAGCUUCUAGCGGAGAUUUUAAAAUUCAUUUCAUUAUGGCUUUUAGUUUGUUGAUCUGACAGGUUGUGUUCAUGGAUACUGUACCAUCUAUUUGUCAUGUCUCUUGGAAUUCGAGUUGAAGGAUCAGUGGAUAAAUAUUCAUUUAAUUCAUCCUUGUGUCAAACCUUGUGUUGCAUCAGUUCAAGUUUAGCCUGAUUUCGGUUGAUCAGAUUUAGGUUUGUAUCCUCCGUUGUGUCGCCCUUGUCAACAUGUGAUGUCAGUCAGAGUGUCUUUGUCCUUCAGGCUGCAGGGUUCACUGUUCAUGUUGGAAGUGUGGUAGCUUCUUAAACGGGGUCAGGGGGGGAAUGUCAGCUGUAGUGAAGGGCUGCCAGAUAUAUUCAUGGACAGCUGGGCUAUUUCUGUAGCCAGGACAUGAGACGUUGCCAUUAGAUGGACUGUAAAGCCACUAUAUGGAAGUUGUUAAACUUGGAACACUCAUACAAAGGCUUUCACGGUCCUUUAAUACUUAAUAACCCUUGGUCCAGUUUGCAGAAGGAAGUAGAUUAAUAUCUUUUAAAGAUUUAAAACUCGUCCUUCACCUUGGGUUUGUUAAAAAGCUUCCUCUUGGUGAUUCAAAAUUUAAAUCUUAUGACAGAUAUAGUAGUGGCUCCUUAGAGCCUUAGGGGUGAAACUCUACCAUCAGCAGGAAAAGUUUUUAUACACUGAACCAGAGACUUCCUUUAAAAACACCUGGUGAGUCAGCGGCAGAGAAAAACUUCUCGGCUGUGCUGAACUCUUCUAAGACUUCCUCCAUCUGUCUGUCUCCGCCGUGCAAACAGCCUCUUCCAUCGACUUGAUCCUAACCCGCCAGUACAGAGUGUGGUUUAUGUUAUGAAGCUUCUUCUGGAGGCCAAAUGGGGGGGGUGAAGCAGACUUGGCUCGGAUUAAGAGUGGAAGCAGGGCUUUAAAAUGAACCUCUCCUCCCCCUAAAGCUUACCCCUCACUUCCCACUCCAUUUAUAAACCUGGCUGACAAAAGGAAGACCUGAGAGGCUGAUACGUAGAUGAGUUCAGGGUGUGAUAAGGUUCAGGGUCGGAGAUGUUAGCAGGAACACAAAUUUCAUUUCUGAGUAGCUUAACUUGAGCAUUUUAGGAGUGUUUUUAGCAUACAAAGCUAAUUUAUUCAAGUUUUAUAAAUGCUGAGAGAAAUGCUUUUUGUUACUUUUACAUUGAACAGCGGUUUUGCAGUCAUUUUACUUGUCUCUCUAAUCACCUUUUUGACAUAAACAAGCAGUAGAAAGUGACUUUAUACUACUUUGAAAAUCAAGUAACUCCCACUUCUAGUUCCUUAGACCAAAUAGAAGUGUGUGAAUCUGCCUGUGCUCUUUCUACAAGUUAAAUGUAGUCAAUCUAUAAGAGAAUUUAAUAUCAAAAUUAGUUUCAAUUUGUAGAGUUGGUUAUAUCUGCAAAAACAGGGAUCAAGUAGGAGGGUGGGUUACCUUUUAGAUACAGGACAUUGUGUUCAAUCAAUGCACAACAAAACCACCAGAGUCCAAAUCAUGUUUAUCCUCUUAAAACUACGAGUGGUCAACCUAUUCAGGUUUUUCAAUGGCCGAUGCAGAUGACGACAAUUUAAGAAAGGCGAAUCGAUGGUUAAUAUAUAAUGUAAGUCUUGUUGUGUUGUUGUUUUGUAUUGCACUUGACAGAAUACAACAAAUUUCUAGCAUAUUUCCAUGUACAUUAAAAUACAAUAUGCAGAGUUAUCCCAGCCAGAAACAUGUUUGGAUGGAUUUUGAGUUCAUGAAUGAAUUUUUUAUUUUCAUUUUUUUAAUUGGGUGUUGAUAUGAAUUUAAAAAUGACUGUUUAAUGCAAUAUUAAACUGCAUUAUUCUGUACACCGUGAAAAAAACACUUGAUAUGCUGUCUUUUAAAAUGGGCAACGUCAGGGGACGUUAACAUUGCAGACACUGACAAGGGCCCCCUCAGUGUCUGCAGACAUUUUUUUUUCUUUUGAUCAACCAUGUGAGCCGAGGCAUUGGCCAACAACAGUUAUUUCAAAAUGCUUUUAGCAGCCUGACAGAUGAAUGGGUCCAUAUCUAAACACUACACCUCUUCUCCUGUCUGUGUCAAGCAUUUACCACUGAAAUAUUUGUAGUUCAGUAAAACCUGAAACUUCUAGGCGCCGUAGUUUAAAGUAACUGCUACUUCUACUUUUACCUGUAGAAAAGUAAAAGUUGAACGGUGGAAAAUCAACCACAUAACUGCAUCACCAACCCCUCAAGAUCAACGUUAGGACUUUUUCAUGUGAUUAGUAGUACUUGAACAACAACAUAAGUCUAGUGAACAGAGGAAUGUUUCAAACUCCGGCUGCACAGACAAUGUUAAUGAUGAAAAUGACUCAAUUGGCAACUCAAAAACUUGUAUCCAGAUGUUUUUAGUUCAAGUGUUGUGACUGCUGUCUUCUUCUCUGUAAAGCCUGAAGGCCUCUGUGAAGACAGAGACAGGGCAGGAGGUGGUUAAACUGAGCCCGCUUACUAAGAGAGUCAAACGCACCUACCUGGCAAUGGACAAGGACAAAGAAAUCAUCGGCUAUGUGAUCCCCGUGUUUAGAGCCAGGUGAGUGAGGACGUUUUUAGUGAUCCUCCAUGUGAUUUUGUAGUCUCAGUCUGUAAGUCUGAACUGUCCUCAUACUGUGUGUUGUCGGUUUGUUGUGUACCAGUCAUGAGGAAGUUCGUGGCCUGUUGGAGGCCCAGGAGGAACACACAGAGGAGGGGAUUAACUAUGUGGCCAUGAGGAACCUGUUUGUCAGGGAGGCGAAGGAGGCCAGGCAGGUUAGAGUGGAGAAGAAAACCAGAGAGAUGCAUGUCAGGGAAUCAGCCCACCGAGUGGAACUUGGCAGGACGGUAAGUCCUUUCAUCCUUUUGUGCAUUGUAACUCAUUUUCAAAACCAUCACAUCUCUUACAUGAAGCCUUACAAAACCAAUGCACAACAAUCUGGCUUUACGCUCUCGCUAUAGAUGGAGGAGUGGUCUGAGUUCCGUAAGAAGAUGAACCCUGACAGCCUGACACACCGUCCUGAGUUUGUCGUCAAGCCCCGUGGACAGACCGUCUGGGAGGGCAAGACUGUGAAGCUGCACUGCACUGUGGCUGGAUGGCCCAAACCUAGGAUGGCCUGGUAAGAUCUCCUUCUUCAGUGAACCAUAAAUAAAAAAUAAAAAACACAAGCCUUCUGUGUGUGUGUGUCACAGAAAAGUUUCCACCCAAAGCUCUUGUCAUCCGCAUAACUAUUUCCCACACUUACUUUCCUGCAAUUAGAGACUCAGGAGAUGAUGGUAAAAACAAACCAGCUGUCUUUCUCUGCUCCCUUCAAGGUACAAAAACAAUGUGCUCAUUGAUGCCAAGGCUCACCCUGAGAAGUACACAGUUGAGAGCAAUUACAACAUGCACUCUCUGGAGAUCAAGAAGUAGGUAAUCAUUCAGCUCCAUGGCCUCAGCCAGAAUUCUUAAGAUGUGCCCGAACAAUGCCCUGAAAAAGAUGUUUUCAUGCUGAAACUUUUCUCGCAAAUGUGUCUGUCGGUGACUCACUAAAUCUGCUAUUUGUUUUGUUUUCAGUUGUGAUUUCUUGGACACUGCGAAAUAUCACGUCUCUGCCCUCAAUGUGAAAGGGGAAUCUUCCUCUGUGGCUCAUGUUGUUGUCAAAAGUAGGUUUCUGUUUGUUUGUUUUCAUGCAGCUCCCCUGUCAGUACUCUUUUCUUCUUUCAGUCGGUGUUUAAAAUAAGACUUCUGUAAACUUUAUCACUUUUUCUCGCUUUCCAAAUGUGAAUAUAUCAGAGCAUGUUGUAUUGUAGGAAAGUCAUACAGCUUUUCUUUCUUAUUGUCUAUCAUGUAUUACAACUUUCAGGUGUGUUGCUCUUAAUCCUCCUGUUAUUGGUACCACAAGAUGCUGAUCUGUGCGUUUUUCUUCACAGGGUUCCAGGAAGGCGAGGAAGUAGGCCCACUUGAUCCUAAGCCACGUGAGUUUUGUAAAACUUUACCUAAAAUUUGUUAAAGUUCUCUUUAUGAGCUUUUUUUAACAGCUGUCACAGUAAAGUAUUUACUUAUCGUCUCAUUAUUUAGAGUUGAUUUGCUAUGGAAAGAUACGUUAGACAAAGAUCAGACACUCAAAACAAAGAUCAUAAGAUUUACAGCAGAUGGUAAUUUACACUAAACGUCUCUUUAAGGGUUUCUAUCAGAAUAAAAGAUUAAAACUGAGUUAACAGGAUGGAAUAGUUAAACGCAGCACAACUAAGAACAACAACAAUAACAAAAAGAAAACUCUUUAAAGCUCCUGUGAGGAGUUUUUGAGAACUAAAACCAAGGCAAGGGGACAGAUGUGGACCAAGAAACUGAAGAAACAGCCCUGUUUUUGAGGUUAAACACAAAAUAUACACAAUUAAUGAUACCUUUUACUUUCAAAAGUACAAGUACGCAUACAGGUUUGCUGCUGAAUUUACCUGUAGAAGAAUUGUAUUAGUAUGGGAAGAGAGGAAGAAAUACCUAGACUUCUUUUGGUUUUACAAACCAAACAUUACAUUUGCUGUUAGUAUAACAUGGUUGAUACUUCCUAUGAAUUAUUAACUGUUUUUUUUUUCUUUGUCAAACUAAUAAUAAAUCUUACCGUAAGGCAUGAGGUAAAAUGGAUAUAAAUGUCUGUCAAUAGAGUUUGGUUGUUUCAUGAGAGAUUUAGCAAGUGGUCUUAUUUGAUUUCACCAUCAAUAUUACCUCCAGUAGUUCUGGGGUUUUAUAUUACACUACCAAGUUGGGCCAGGGAUUCAUAAAACUUUAUACUUCCCGGAAAAAGGGUUAUUAAAAUUGUUGUAAAAUAACACAAGUAGAGGUUAAAGAUGCAGUCUUCAACGCUUUUUCAUUAACAGUUGACAAAUUGACUAUUGGACAGCUCCAAUAGCUCUCUCUUGGGUCUCUCCAUAUAGCACUAAGCCCUGUAGUGUUUUUUUUUAACUCACAAUACAACAAUAGCAAGCAGCUGUUUCACAUUAAAAAAAAGCUCUAAAGCAUCUGUGAGCUGUCUUCUUAACAACAAAACAUGACAACAGUCACAGUUGGAGAUCGGUGAGUGAACGGAGUUGAACAGUUAGUUAAGGCUGAAAUUUGUGAAGGAGACAGAAACUGAUAUUGAUGCUUUUUUUAUGAUAUACACAAACAUAAAAUGAUCAUCAGUGAUAAGAUUGAUGAUUUUUAUAUUUGACGCCUGAAACUGGUGCUGUGGGGUUAGCGAAGAAACUCUCCCUUUUUUAAGUUUUGCACAAAUAGCAUUGAGAACUUCAGCAUGUAGGAGACAAAGACCACUUUUUCCACAAGAUUAGUUUAUUUUUUUCCAGACAGGGACCGUACACAACACAAACUGCUGAGUCAGAGUUAGUUAAAGAGCUAAUUUAUGUCUGUGGUCCCGGGGCAGGGAUGUCUCAAAACAUGGGUCCAGUUUUGACACAAACUGAAAGUUUUAUAUGGAUAGUUUUGUUCAUUUUGGCUCUCAGAGACCGAGCUAUAAAUAAUUAAAUAUUUGACCACACAAACUCGAUUUUUUAUUUGUUAAAAUCAAAUUUGAUGUCUGAUUAAAUUUGUUCUGGGCCUGUAAUGCUGCUCCAUAUUUUUCAAAGUCAAAAGUGAUUUUUUUUUUCAAUCUCUUUUUUUCCUCUGCAGAUGGUUUUUGCGCUGAGCACGGUGUUACCUUUGAAACCACCAUCAUUGACAAAUUUGAAGUGGCUUUUGGCAGCGAGGGCGAGACAUUGAGCGUGGGCUGCACCGUCAUUGUCUACCCCACUGUGAAGAAAUACCAGCCUGAAGUGGUGUGGUACAGGAACUGUAAGUAGAUCAACAAAGAUGAAAACACAAUAUACCCUUCUUCUUAAUCCAGUAUGUUUCCUGAUAAACUCACACUGUUUCUGGCCUCUGCUAUCAGCUGUCCCUCUGAAACCCUCUAAAUGGGUUCACACUCACUGGUCUGGGGACCGUGCCACGCUCACGCUCGUCCACCUGAACAAGGAAGAUGAGGGCAUGUACACCCUGCGUGUCAACACCAAGUCUGGCUUUGACACCUACUCUGCCUAUGUGUUUGUCAAAGGUAAGGUGCUCUGUGAUACAAAAAUGAAAACUAUUGAACCACUUUUCUUCAAGUUGUUACACAGUCAAUAACAUUGUUCUGUCAAAUCAACAUAUUAGAGAUGAGCACAUAUAAAGAUGAGGUAGAGAACUGCCGAGUCUCUAAAUCACACUCAAAAACACAGCAGCUGUAUGCCUGACUCAUAAUUUUACAAAAGCCCUUUACCGUGGUGGUAACAGCUUACAGUCUAAACCCCCCUUUCCUAGCUCGCAACGGUGUGAUGCGAACACUUUACUGUAAAGGUGUAAGUAGGUCAGAAAAUGGAAACUGAAUAUGUAAUGGAGAUGAACCGGAUUUAGAAACAGCUCGACUCACAAGUGUAUGUGGAUGUGUGUGUGUGUGUGUGUGUGUGUGUGUGUCUUGUCAUGCCAGAUGCCGAACUUGAGGUGGAGGGGGUUCCCGUCGCCCCCCUGGAUGUGCGUUGUCAUGAUGCCAACAAGGACUAUGUGGUCGUAACCUGGAAGCAGCCAGCGGUGGAGGGCAGCAGCCCCAUCCAGGGAUACUACAUCGACAGGUCAGUCAGGUUCUUCUUAUUCUUAUCUGAGUCAGGUGUUUUGCUUAUUUGUAAAGCAUGUGGUGGAAACUCAGGUUUUCUAGAGUUGCAACCCAGACUGAACCCUGGACUUGGUUGAUAAAUACCAUCUUUUAGUCAGUUACAGUGUUGCCAGAUGGGAAAUAUAGAAUUAUCGUACCAGAGACUCAAAGUGAUCGUAUUUUGGGGAAGAUUAUCGUACACCCAUCAUAAUCAAAAUAACAAUCUUACUGUUGCAUGAUAUUCACACGUAGUCACUCUGUUUCGUGACCUACAGGCACUCACGAUUAACCCAUAUCAGCAACGUAUGAUCAGUUGUGUUACACUUAUGCGUCCCCUUUAAACAAAUGACAGGAGGGAACUAAUGAGCCAAACAUGAGACCUUGAGGUCACCUCCUUUUUUGAAACAGUACUCAUAAUAACUGACAAGGAAGUAAAGAGAAAUAUGAUUUAACUUAGUGAAAACUAUUUUAGAAACAAAAAUCAACUUGUCCUCACACAAGGAUUCGGCUCCCGGUAAUCACCGUCCUCUUCAGUGAUGCUCACUUUACUUGACAGCCAAUCCUGUUUGUUGUUCGAAGACAAACGCCGCUCAAACUACGACUGGAUGGAAACGUCACACGGUAAAAGAUGCCUUCAGGGUUCGAAGAUAAAAAACUAAAAGAUAAAGUGUCUGGCAGACUGAGACAGCCCUAUAGCACCACACGUUUACAAAACUGUCAAAUUAAAAAUGUAGCCUUUUUUUCUGGGUUAUUGAUCGAACAUCGUAGAGGCCAACCCUGGUCAGAUAAAACGUAUAAAAACUUUCCUCCUGUCCUCUGUAAUCUUAAGAAAUGAUUUGGUAACCACAGAAGGCAUAUAUGAUGUUAAAGUCAUCAAAAUCUGACUUGUGUUGUUCGUAAAUCUUUUUGAUAUUUGCUUUUUAGGUGUGAGGUCGGGACUCACCACUGGGCUCAAUGUAACGACUCCCCAGUGAAGUACGCCCGUUACCCCGUCACAGGACUGGUGGAGGGGCGUUCUUACAUCUUCAGGGUGCGAGCCCUCAACAUGGCAGGAGUGAGCCGUGCGUCCCGCGUCUCGGAGGCCAUUGUUGCCAUGGAUCCCUCUGACAGAGCUCGCCUCAGAGGUUAGAGACUCACCAGAGCCCUGCUAAUAUGUUUAAAGAGAGCCAACAACUGAGACUUUGUAAUGUGUUUCUGUAAUUUUAUCCAUCGACAGCUGGACCCUCUGCUCCUUGGACCGGGAUGAUUAAGUUCACCGAGGAGGAUCCCACCGGUACGACAGCUUCCUGCUCUGUUCUUCAUCAGCAGUUCAUAGAAAUUAUAUCGUUUAAGAUUUAGCUUUUAAGUUUUUCUCUGAAGGCGUUUUGAGACCAUCUGGUUAGUUAGUGAUAUCACUUCCUUCUAAUAACUCAGCAUCUUCCCUCCUCAGUGGGUGUUGUCCCCGGAGAACCCACCGAUGUUGUGGUUACCGAGGCAACCAAGAGCUAUGUGGUGCUGGCCUGGAAGCCUCCGGUGCAGAGGGGUCAUGAAGGAGUCAUGUACUACAUUGAGAAGGUAAGGAGGAAUGAAUAACCGGAUCUUUGUAGAGGUUUAGAAACACGACAGAAUAGACUAGAUGAUUUACAGACAGCUUUUCAAAACCUUCUUCGCUUAAUGACCUCAGAUUGAAGGAUUUCUCGGGUUAAGUUUUGUAGAAAAAAUGUGAAUGUAAGCUUUCAAAUGUAGUGACAGGAGUUUUUGUAUCACUGCACAUCCUGUACUUUUAUUCGUAUUCACAGUAAAACUGAUAUCUGAAGACUAUUUCAUGGAGGCUCAAGCAUCCUCUGACCUCUCUCUUUUAUUUCCAUUGAACACAGCGCAUGUCAGGAACAGACGCCUGGCAGAGAGUCAACACCGGUAUGCCUGUCAAGUCUCCUCGCUAUGCCCUGUUCGACCUGGUGGAGGGUAACUCCUACAACUUCCGUGUGCGCUGCUGCAACUCUGCUGGUGUGAGUGAAGCCUCUAUUCCCACUGGAGAGACCACGGUUGGAGAUAAGCUUGGUGAGCAUGCAAAACUGUGUUUGUAGUUUGUUAAGGUAUUUCUGUUUCGCAUAAUUUUCACAAUCUCAUAACUUUUUCCACAGACCUGCCCUCAGAUCCAGGCGUCCCUGUGGCCAUCAGGAACACCAGCACUUCAGUCGUGGUCACCUGGGGGGCCUCCAAGGAAGUCACACAGCUGGUUGGUUAUUACAUCAAGUGUAGCGUGGUGGGCACUGAUGUCUGGAUGCCGUGCAAUAACAAACCUGUCAAGCAGACCAGGUACAACUGAAGACAAGUCUAUUUUUUUUGUCAAUUUGCAAUUUCACUGGUCUUUUUGUGCUUUUAGCGAUGCAUAAUUGAAAAAAAGGCUCCUCAAGUAUUUGAACCAAGCAAUCCUUGUUGCAGAAAACUAUGACUCUUUGAUACUGUGAACAUGAAUCUGCAUUAGCAAAAUUUGGCUACCUUCUGCUGCAGGAGAAGGUAGCUAAAUUUUCAAACCAGGAGAGGAGGGAAUUUGCUUUUGCGUAGGUGAAGCAGUGGCUCAGUGGUAGAGUCGAUUGUGAACCGAUCGCAAAGUUGGCAUUUGAUCUGAGGUACCGCUGUCCACAUGCCAAAGAAUCCCUGGGCAAGAGACUCAACCCCGAGCUGUCCUGCCGGCUGUCUCAACAGAGUGUGAUUGGAAUUAGUUAAUACGAGCCUCUGCAGUCAGGGUAUAGAUGUGGGGUGCAUGGGUGAAAGUGACCUGUAGCGUAAAAGAACGUAUGACACAAAUACAGUACAGAAGUGGUUGUGUUUACAUACUUAUCAAUCAAUCUUGCCAUUUGCAGAAGGAAGAACAUAUUAUUUAGUAUCAAAACCAGAGGAUAAUGCAAAUGAUUGAAUAAAACCCAACAGUAUUCGGGUUAUUUUUAAGUAACAAUAUAAUUAUGAAUUUCCUUUGCAGAAUUAACUUUCACUGAUAUUUGAAAUGAGCUACAUCUGUGCUGUUCCAGGUUCGUGUGCCAUGGCCUGACUACUGGAGUAAACUAUGUGUUCAAAGUCAAGGCUGUCAACGCUGCAGGAUACAGCCAGAGCUCCCCUAAUUCUGAUGCUGUGGUUGUUCAGGCGGCCAUCUGUGAGUGUCCUCACAAAUCUCCAUUAUUCACUUCGCCUAUAGCAUUUCAAGCCAUACUCUGUCCCUCUGCUCCAUCCAUUCUCCCCCCACCCCUCUCUCUUUGCCACAUCCUCCCAGCUAUUUUUAAACAUUCAUUUAUCUGGGGAAUGAUUGCUGACACAGUGCAGAAAUGAAAGACCUGCUUUAAAUUCAGAUAGUUGAACGAACGACCUGCAGCUCUCUGCUCUUGAGUCUCUUUGCUAGGCUUUGUUCAUGAACUUUGUUAACUUUCAGUCACCAUUUCUUGUCUCUUAACCAAAAAUCCUUAAUCGUCCAACUUCAUAACUUUAUAUUCUCAUACUAUCAGCUGCCCAGAUAUUCCAUUUUUUAUGCAGCAUGAAUGCAAGUUGUAUGUAAAUGCCGCUGAAGUGCAUGUGCAUGCCUGACAUACUCAUUAACAGUCAUUUUGCUCUUUUCCAUUACUACUAUCAAGUUAGAUAACAACUCGAUCAUGUUUUACACUGCUUUUACAGUAUGUGGAUACUGAUGACUAUAUAAAUAUGCUUUUGCUGGUGUUUUUGUUUUGCUAUUUGAUAACUCUUUAGGGGCGCCUCUUGGUGCUUGGCCAAGGUAAAGGCUAAAACUUUGCGUUUCUAGAGAGCAUGGGCCUCGUCUGGCUUUCUGGCGUGUUGGUAGAGUGAAAAUUAUCCCACUUCUGGCCUGGAGUGUAAGUACUUUAUCAUUUACGAUGACCCUAGAAAGUGUGUUGCUUGUGUAUCUAAAGCAUGUGGCAUGUUUAACUGUAUCACAGGAAUAGGUUAACACUAAUGAAGACUGAGAUCAGUACGAUACUUGGCUAACGCCGGACCAUAUACAGAAAUGUUAUUAAAGAUAAUCCAAAAAAGUGUGAAUGUUUUAUAACUAUCUUCUUCUGCACUUUACUUGAAAUUGAAUUUAUUGACCAUCUUCCCAGCUGUACCAGGAAAGCCCACUGGUGUGACCCUGCUGGAGGCUGUGAAGGACUACAUGGUUCUGGGCUGGACUGAGCCCGGUAAUAACGGAGGAGCCGAUGUCAGGGGUUACUUUGUGGACUACAGGACCGUUAAGGGAGAUGUUGUCGGGAAAUGGCGUGAAAUGCAUGAGAAGGCGUUGACUACUACCUCCUAUAAAGUAUGUUGAUUCACUUUAAUUUUCUUUCAUUUCUUAAAAACGAACAAAGCCCAAAUGAGUUUACCUUUUUCCCCAUUUUCUGCAUGUUUUUUUAAUUAGGCUGAAAACCUGAAGGAGAACGUCCACUACCAGUUCCAGGUGCGUGCAGUCAACAUGGCAGGUAUCAGUAAAGCCUCUCUGCCCAGUGCAGCUCUGGAGUGCAAGGAAUGGACCAUCACUAUACCAGGUAUGACAUCAAUGAUCAGAAAAGUAGUUUAAGUCAGUAUAAGAGAGCUUGAGCGUUGAUGGAUUAACUGAGGAACAGAAAAAGAAACCUGAAGAACCUGAAAAUUCUGUGGACCAAUCAAUAAUUUAAUCAUCUAAUGGAUCAAUAACAAAAACAAAUGUUAUGCUAGAGUAAUAGUGACAACAGUUUUCAUUUUUAUAGGUGAUAAACUUGGAAAAAAAACAAAUUAUCUUUUCUAAUAGAUGCAUUUGAUAGAUCAAAAUCCAGAGAUCCCUUUUUUGAAAUCUUUCAUGUAUUUCAAAUCUUGAACAUAUUUUCCCUUUGUUUUAACUAUCUCAUUCACCCCCUUAGGUGCUCCUGUUGGUCUUCAUGUGCUUGAGGUGCGUGACACCUCCGUCGUGGUCCUUUGGAAGCCCCCUGUAUUUGAUGGCCGCACUCCAGUCAACGGCUACUAUUUGGAUAUCAAGGAGGCCUCUGCUGGUAGCGAUGGCUGGAAAGCCGUUCAUGAGAAGGUCAAUAAGAUGAAAUACAUGAAGGUAAGAAAGGAAGUUCAAAAGUUGUUCUUUAUGAAAUGUUUUAGUAUUGAAAUAGCCAAUAGAAUAUCUUUCUAUCUGACUCUUCAUGUACUGAUUUAGGUUACAGGGCUGAAGUCUGGAGGGUCCUUUGUCUUCCGCGUGCGUGCUCAAAAUCUAGCUGGAGUCGGAAAGCCAUCGGCAAGCUUAGGUCCAAUCCUGGCCCAGACUCGUCCUGGUGAGUAAGAAAGUAGUGACUCAUACGUCUCCUAUUUUUCCGAGGUGGGAUGAAAAGUAGGUCAUACCUGUGAUGAUACAUUACUUUUUCAAACGUCUGUUUAAACAACAUUUACUCUCUCUUAUUCAGACACCAAAGAGAUCUAUGUGGAUGUGGAUGACGAUGGUGUUAUCUCUAUGGUCUUUGAGUGCUCUGAGAUGAAAGAGGGAUCUGAGUUUGUGUGGUCCAAGAAUUAUAAGGCUAUGACAGACACCUCUCGCUUGACUAUUGUCACCGAGAAAGGGAAGUAAGUAUCCUUUAUGAAACCAAUUUCUCUCAACUUUGAGCGAACAAAUUGACUCUUUUUCUUGCUUGAAGCUCGUUCCAGGCUUUUUUUUACCCCUCUUGUUAAAUCAGCAAAAGCUCUUCCUCUUUCCUCAUCAAUACCUUGUUUUUCUUGUUUCUCCUCAUCAUCAGAUCCAGAGCUAUCUUCAACGAUCCCUCCCUGGAGGAUCUGGGCACGUUCUCCUGUAUGGUCACCAACACUGAUGGCAUCUCUUCCAGCUACACGCUCACCGAGGAGGGUGAGUCAGCCCCACACUCUCGGCAUCUCCGCUCCAGUGUGUCUGAAACUUGAGUCCCCUGUUAUUUGUUUGACUGAUGUCACUGCUACAGCCUUAAGGGGGGCCUCAAGGACUGUGAACGCUCGUCUAUAUUACACCGUUUCAACAACUGCAUCUAACUGACCUCUGUGUUUGUUCUGAAAUCAGUUCUCUCAAAGCUGAUGUCAUAUUAAAGGUUGUGCUUUAUAUCAUUAGUAAUACACUGUUAAAAAUACUGUUAAAUAAGGUUAUAGUAGCAAAAGGUCCAGCAAAAACCUAUCACCUCUUUGGAUAUUUAACCUUUUUGCUGCUGUGCUUUUCUCUUUUUCUUUUAUUUUCUUUUUUUGACAGGUCUCAAGCGUCUCCUGGACAUCAGCCACGAUCACAAAUUCCCUGGUGAGUAUCUUGCCACAUCACGAAAACUCGCUUUUCUUUUUAAAGGGAUAUUCCAGCAUAAAAUUAAUUAAGGGUCAAGCACACCGUAACACCAAGUAAGAUACAAUCUCGAGAGAUGAAUGUUGCCGACCGCUUGCUUCUCUAGUUAUACCAACGUUAGUAACGGCCGCACGAUAGCAAUACACAGCGGUCCAAAAAGCCACUCUAUAGCUACAAAUAAUGCUCAGAGCAGCACCUAACCUCAUCAACAGUACAUAUAGGGUUCCAGCCACAGCACUAGACACCAAAUAUCUUUUUAAGCUUUGUCUAAUUUCUUUACCAAAAAUAUAAUUUUGGAAUAACAACAGCCACCUCAACAAAUUUACUCUAGGAGUUCCCAUCUGGGCUUACUUGUACUGUAAGAAUUUGUGAGGGGUUGUGUGAAGAACCUAAACCAGGAAAAAUAAAACCAUUGAUUUGAUAUAUAAAUGUAUGAAGUUAGUCGUACACUUCAAUGAUGCAUGGUUUCAACAUCCAGUGUAAUUUAACGAGUAACAAACACUAUACGACUGAGCUGAAACACGUUUUUUCUGGUUACAGUUAUUCCCUUCAAGAAUGAAAUGGCCAUGGAGCUGCUUGAGAAGGGACGCGUACGAUUCUGGACCCAGCUGGAGAAAUUCACUCAGGACUGCAAAGUGGAGUACGUCUUUAAUGAUGUCAUCAUUUCUCAGGGAAAGGUAGGAAUCAUGCUCAUCGAGUCCGUCUCACCUCUUAAAUUCAUUCUGUCCUGGUUGCGGACUUCUGUUGAAUUUUGAUUAUCUGGGUUUCUUGUUUAUUUCUUGCUCUUUUUUGCCUCCAGAAAUACACAAUGAACUUCGACAAGACCACCGGCGUCAUUGAGAUGUUUAUGGACUCUCUGGAAGUCACUGAUGAGGGAACAUUCACCUUUGACAUGGUGGAUGGAAAAGCUAAGGGUACAACCAGUCUGGUGCUCAUUGGAGACGGUAAGAUCUCUUUUCCUGCAGUUAACGUGUUUGUCCAUUGAGGGGCAGCAGAAGACAACCCUUUUUUUCUAUUUCUUGAUGUAACUGACUUUCUCAUGCCUGCAAUAUCAGUCCAGGAUUUCAGUGAAAGUGCUGAGAAUCGGGAAUUUGACACUUUUUUGUUGUUUGUCAGAAUUCAGGGAGCUUCAAAAGAAAUCAGAGUUUGAAAGAGCAGAAUGGGUCAGGAAACAAGGUGAGAAAACUUGAUUAUUUCAAGAGUUGCAUCGAACACACCACAGGAUAAGUGGUUUAUUUCAGUAAUUAUCUUAAUUAUUAUCUUGACAAUCCACAGGUCCUCACUUUGUGGAGUACCUUGGCUUCACUGUUACUCAAGAGUGCAAUGUGCUGUUGAAAUGCAAAGUAAGAAAAGUUUCACAAAACUAAAGUGCAGCUGUGUAUAAUUUUUAAAGGAUAAAUUGCAUCAUGGCAGUUUCAGUCUGAGUGAGCCAACUUUUUUCCAAUAUAUCUUCCGUUUGUCAUCAGAUUGGAAAUGUCAGACCAGAGACUGAGAUCACCUGGUCUAAGGACAGCAUUGAGAUUGCUGAGGAAGACGAGGACGCCAAGAAAAUCGAGAGAACGGACGGCGAGCUGACCUUUAAUAUCGGAAAGGUCAGCCCAUUAGACAGAGGCCGUACUUUGUCAAGAGUCGUGAGCUGCUGAGUAAAGAGCUAAAAGCCGCGCUUGUGAUGCAGCCAUGCUUCCGCUGCAGAGCUAUGUUAAAUGCUACGCUAGCAGCCAUCCCUCUCAGACACACAGAACCAUAAAUGAUGAAACACUUUUAAAAAUAUUCCUGAGUGCUGAUGGAGUCAGAGCGUCAGUAUACUGAACUCAAGAACUGGAAGAGAUAUAUUGAGCUCAGCUGACUCCUUGUAGUGGAUUUAUUGCAGAAAUUAUCAUUGUGUCAUUAUAUACUGUAUAUGUUUUUAUAUAAUAGAGUAAUUGACUUUAUUUUUUCAACAUUUAUACCCAUAUAGUGUAAAUUCACUAUACGGUUUAUCUGUGUGAUUACUUCAUCAACUUCAUGGCUAACACUGUUCAGUUUAACUUUACUUGGAACCUCAUGCAGAUAUUUUAAAGCUCUUUUCAGGCUUGAAUAUCAUCUGUCAGUGAGGUCCAAGUGAAGUUUUAUUGAUGCUUAAAACUGUGCAUACAUUAUCCAUGAGGAGGGGGUUGGAGUCAUUGCAUGAGCUCAAGGGAGGCGGCCUGUUCGUCGCCGUUCCUGUCAUUUGCUUUUUGCAUUAACUGGCUUAUCUGUCUAAUUCACAGUGGGUUAUUAAGCAGGAGAUACAGACAGAAAGCGAAAAAGGAAGAAAAAAGGCUCCUGCAGAAGAAGUUCCCCCGCCACCAAGACCCAAAGUCUGGACAUUAUCUUUGCAGUCAUAAGUUCAUGCCUAUAAUCCCUCCAUGUGUUCUCCUUGUCUGACCCUUAUUCAUGUUCAUGUUUUCCCAUAAACACCUGCAGCAUCCUGGGCAGGAGAAAAGCUUGCCUUUUCGGUUUAGACUGUCUCUGUGUGGCUGUUCUGUUGCCUUUUGUCAGUCCCAAAAAUUAUACUGUAUCCCUUUUGAUUUAAGAAGAAGAAAAGCCGUCCCUUUUUCUUGUUUACUGAAGUUUUCACCUCAAACUUUAGAUCAGCAAAACCGAUGCGGGUGUCUAUGACGUCUUCCUGAGCGACGACAGAGGCAAAGAUAGGAGCACAUUCAACCUGACAGAUGAAGGUAUUGUCAGUCUCUUACAUUAUAUCUAAAGAAAUAGAGUAGAAAACAAUUGAAAGAAUCUUACAAGAAAGUGGCGUCAGUGAAUAUGACUUAAGUGGCUAUUUUCAUCUUUUUUUCCCAGGAUACCAGGCUGUAAUGAAUGAACUGUUCAGGGUCAUUGGUGAGUCAUUAAGCUUCACACUUACCAAGCAGUAAUGAAACUUCAUACAGAAACCUCUGGAAAAUGAACUUACUGUACUUUUUCACAGGCCCUGCAGAAAGGUGCAAAGGACCGUAACAAAUUUAUUGGUUUCCACAGGAUGUGGAAAAGCUCUUACCUUUUAAUUUCUCUCCUUUCAGCCAACUCCUCCACCCAGAUCCAAGUCCUCAGCACUGAACAUGGCAUCAUCCUUUACUCUGAUGUUACAUACCACCAUGAGGAUCUGCGUGUUAACUGGCUCCAAAAGUAUGUUGAAUAACCUGUUUGUUUAUAUCACAUUUUAAUCUCUUUUCUGGAGUCAUGUGUGGUCAUAUACAAACAAAGAGAACCCAUCCUUACCUUACUUGGCCGUUUUACACUAAAUUUAACAACAAAUAGUGCAAGAAAUAGACAAAACAGCACUAUGUUGCAACUGUAGAUUAAGAAUAUAUAUUAAUGUCAAGAAGGAUAUAUUGUAAUGGGAAAUACCAACAAGACCUGCAGCAAAUAAACUAUUUACUUUAAAAUAAAAAAACUCUGAUAAAUGAAAUACAAUGCUGGAAAAAGAAUUACAUAUUUUGUAAAUGUAGCGUGCCUUUAAGGUUAUAUUUGUGUAAAAUGCAUUAUAACAGUGAUUGUCAAGUACUCAUGAGUGCAGUCUAACAUAUUUGACAACAGACACUGAAAUCUCUCAUUUUUAUAUCGUAAAGACAGAGUUUAAUGAAUAUUCAGAAUUUAAGAACUGACUGAAAUCAUUGCUCCCCUAUUUCAAUUCAGCUUUUCAUCGUUGUCGAUUAUACUACACCCUGGCAGUAAUGGAAAUCCGUGUUGCUUUUUUCUCCAUCAGAGAUGCUAAGAUCGCUGCCUCAGAGAGAGUUAAGGCUGGAGUCACCGGGGACCAGCUGUGGCUCAAGAUCAACGAGCCUACUGAGAAAGACAAGGGCAAAUACUGCAUGGACAUCUUUGAUGGCAAGGACGGAGUAAAGAGAGUCUUUGAUCUUGCCGGCCAAGGUGAGUGAGAUGAGAAAAUCAGAUGAAAAGGCUGUAUAGGACUAUUUCUGUGUAAACUAAUCACUAUUUAUUGAUUAUUUUGUCCGUUGCAGCAUGGGAACAGGCAUUUGAGGAAUUCCAGAGGCUGAAGUAAGUAGAGACACCCAUCUGACUCUACCCUUCUGUUGCGUAACUCUAUAAUUUAGCCAGAAAAGGAUGUUUACAUAAAUAAAUACUGACAGUUAUCACAAACCUAAAAUAGACUGUAUGUACUUGGUGAGCAUUUCAUAGGCUCUCAAAAAAACCUUCCUGUUUUUGUAAAGUGGGGGGAAAAGGUCAGACUGUUCUGCCUGUGAUACCAUUUUAGGAUGCUUUUGACAAUGUCUGUCUCCUUCCUUCCAUAGGGCUGCAGCCAUCGCAGAGAGAAGUGAGUGGUUAUUUAUUACUUUGUUUCUCCCAGAGGAUUCUGUGCUAUGAAACUAACAUUUUCUGGAUGUAGAGGCUAUUCACUUUUAAUAGAAUUUUAGCCAGUGGGUAAGAUACAGGGGUAUUUGUCAUCGCCAUACCAGGAUCAUUCACCGGUAAUGGUUACCCAGGAAAUUAAAUUGCUUUAUGCCUGCUGAAAAACCGAAACCCCAUUUAUGCCCUCAGUAGAGUUAAGGUAUUGUGAUGCUGUUCAUAGAGAGAGUUUGAAAGUGAGUUAGUGUUAAUUUCAUGUUGUCAACACAGUAAUGCUCCGCAGGUUGAUUGAUUUGCUUCUUGGCUCACUCUUGUGUUCCUUGUUCAGACCGUGCUCGGGUUGUUGGAGGUUUGCCAGAUGUGGUUGCAAUCCAAGAGGGCAAGGUGAAUAAACUUGAUAUUCAGUCUGUUAAUACACUGUAGAAAACAUUUCCUCUCACCUUCCUCCUCUUUUGUCAUCAUGUCUUUCUUUGUGCGCUCCUUUCUUGUGGAAUCUUUUUAUUUUUUGUCGUAUCGAACUCCUUAUAUCUCUCUUUUUCUACUCAGUCCCUGAACCUGACUGGCAACGUUUGGGGUGAGCCCACACCUGAGGUCAGCUGGGUAAAGAACGAUAAGGAACUGGUGCCCGACGAGCACUACAAACUCAAGUUUGAGCACGGCAAGUUCGCCAGCAUCACAAUCGCCGCCGUCAGCACGGCUGACUCCGGCAAGUACGCACUCGUGGUCAAGAACAAGUACGGCACAGAGGCUGGCGAGUUCACCGUCAGCGUUUACAACCCAGAAGAGGAAGAGAGCAAAGAGGAGAAGAAAGGCUAAAGGAUGAGGCUGUGUGAUUCAGUUUAGGAGAAAAGAUGGACGACAGGGCUAUCUCAAAAGCAUUUACCCCGGCACAUGCCGGUGCAACAAGGCAGUUCAAAUAAAAGAUGAAUACAGCUGCUUCCUCCUGCGUCUUUCAUGUGCUGGGCUAAAAAGCUUGGGUAUUACUUGUCAAAGAGUUAAACAAUGUUUGUAAUAAGGAGAGGAUAAUUGUGCUUGUAGUGGCUUGGGAUGUCUUCUGUCAAGUCAGGCAAAUAAAGUAAUAAAUGUGAUGUCUGAUCAUGGGAGAUGGUUUGCUAAUUGUUGCUUCAAAAGAUCAUAAAAGCCAGCAAUACAAUUAAUUAAGAAAAUUUUGACCUUAGAGCUUGAGGUCUGUGUAAAAAAAUUAAAGAAAACUGAUGUCAUGAA